AUGAAUUUUCCAAAGACAUCUAUCAAAGUAAUCGCACGUCAGCAACAUAUGGGUACUAGAAAUGUAAAUAGUCUAAAUGAAUUUGUGAAAAGCCAAGUCAAGGAGGUGGAGGAGUGGUGGAAGCAGGAUAGAUUUCAAAGAAUCAAGAGAUCGUAUUCUGCACUGGACGUUGUUAAACAUCGAGGAAGUUUGGGAUUAGAAGAUACUAAAUAUCCUUCGUCAUUUCAGGCAAAGAAGUUGUAUAAUUUAUUGGAAAACAAGUUUCUUGCACGUCAGCCUGUACACACACUUGGUAUCAUUGAUCCUGUUCAGAUGACACAAUUAGCCAAAUGUGAAGGAAUUCCCGUUGCAUACGUUUCUGGAUGGGCAUGUUCAUCCACAAAUGUUAGUUCCACAAAUGAAGUCGCACCCGACUUUGGUGACUACCCAUAUGAUACUGUUCCAAAUCAAGUGGAAAGAAUGUUUAAGGCCCAAAAAUUGCACGAUCGGAAGUCGUUUUUGGACGCUGUUAAUUCCGGUUCUCCUUUGUAUAAUUAUAUGAAACCUAUCAUUGCUGAUGCUGAUAUGGGACAUGGUGGUCCUACUGCUGUAAUGAAAUUGGCGAAACUUUUCGCUGAGAAAGGAGCAGCCGCAGUUCAUAUUGAAGAUCAAUUAAUGGGAGGUAAACGUUGCGGUCAUUUAGGAGGAAUAGUACUGGCACCGGUGAGUACGCAUGUGACAAGGUUGAUAGCCACUAGGCUGCAAUGGGAUAUAAUGGGAACAGAAAAUUUAAUCAUAGCAAGAACAGAUGCAUGCAACAGUAGGCUAAUCGGCAGUAGUUCUGACCCAAGAGAUCAUCAAUAUAUUAAGGGGACAAUUGGGUCCAAUGUCACUGCAUGGGUUGAUUCCUUAACAGAGAUGAAAUCUAAAUCUAUUGAUUAUAAAGGAGUUAGCGAAGCUGAAGCACAAUGGUAUGAAACGCAUGAGCUUUUCACUUAUGACGAAGCUGUUGAAAGGCAAAUUUCAGCUGAAGAGUACAACAAGUACCAAGGUUUAAAAUCAAAACAAAUGGAAGCUACGAAAAAAAGGUGGUUAAGUCUAAGAGAAAUGAGGAGUAUCGCUAAAGAGGCCUCUCCAAAAAAGACAGUAAUUUUUGAUUGGGAUGCUCCUAGAACUAAUGAUGGUUAUUAUAUGUUCAAAGGUUGUAUGGAAGCUGCAAUUGAGCGGUCUCUUAUUUUUGCACCUUAUGCAGAUAUGAUUUGGCUCGAAACAAAAACACCAAACUUGGAAGAAGCAAAGGAGUUUUCUAGAAAGAUUCAUUCAUUUUGUCCACACAUUAAGUUAGUUUACAAUUUAUCUCCAAGUUUUAAUUGGUGUGCAUACGGCUUCUCAGCAGAUAACCUUAAAGGCUUCAUUUGGGAUUUAGCGAAAGAGGGCUUUGUACUACAAUUAAUAUCGUUAGCAGGCGUGCAUGUUAACGGUGUAAACUUCUGGGAACUUGCCAAAGGAUUUGAGCAUGACGGUAUGUUAGCAUAUGUCGACCAGGUUCAAAAAAGGAAAAAUACUAAUUGCGACUUGCUCACACAUCAACGCUGGUCAGGUGUGGAAUACGUUGACUCGAUAUUGAGCCUUGUUCAGAAUGGUGCAACUUCACAUACCAGGAGUACAGGAGGCGACAGUUUUACCGAAGUUCAAUUCUAA